GCUCUCGUUCCUCCCCUGUGGCAGCAAUGGGCCAUUUCCCUCAGAGGCGGUGCCAUGCUGAUCCAAAUGCCUGAGUGCCACUCACCUCCGGAGAGUGCGGAGUCUGAAAAGUGGCAGUGACAGAAGAGGAGACCAUUGCGGCUGAAGCUGUGGUGCAUGAGGCGAAGGAAGAAGGAGUCUCCUAACUGGUGCCACAUACAUCAGAUGGAUGGUCUCUAGCCUGCUUCCAAACCCGCCCUCGGCUGAGUGCUGGGCAGCACUUCUACAUGAUCCUAUGACGCUUGAUAUGGACGCAGUCCUGUCAGACUUUGUUCGGUCCACGGGGGCAGAACCUGGUCUGGCCAGAGACCUGCUGGAAGGUAAAAACUGGGACCUGACAGCUGCACUCAGCGACUAUGAGCAACUCCGACAGGUGCACACAGCCAACCUGCCGCACGUGUUCAAUGAAGGGAGGUGCGCCAGGCAGCCCGAGCGAGAACUGCCCCAGCCUGGGCACAAGGUGGAGCGGCCUUGCCUGCAGAGGCAGGACGAUAUUGCCCAAGAGAAGCGCCUGUCCCGGGGGAUCUCCCACGCCAGCUCAGCCAUCGUCUCUCUGGCCCGAUCCCACGUGGCGAAUGAAUGCAACAAUGAUCAGUUCCCACUGGAGAUGCCCAUCUAUACAUUCCAGCUGCCGGACCUGAGCGUGUACAGCGAGGACUUCAGGAGCUUCAUCGAGCGGGACCUGAUUGAGCAGGCCACUAUGGUAGCUCUGGAACAAGCAGGUCGCCUGAACUGGUGGUCUACUGUGUGCACGAGCUGUAAAAGGCUUCUUCCUUUGGCCACGACAGGGGAUGGGAACUGCCUCUUACAUGCCGCCUCGCUAGGAAUGUGGGGCUUUCAUGACCGGGACCUGGUUUUGCGGAAGGCUCUCUACACCAUGAUGAGGACAGGUGCGGAGCGGGAAGCCCUGAAGCGGAGGUGGAGGUGGCAGCAGACACAGCAGAACAAAGAGUCAGGGCUGGUGUACACUGAGGAGGAAUGGGAGCGAGAGUGGACAGAGCUGCUAAAACUGGCCUCCAGCGAGCCCCGCACACACUUCAGCAAGAACGGCAGCGGCACGGGCGGUGGGGUGGACAACUCCGAGGACCCUGUAUACGAAAGCCUGGAAGAGUUCCAUGUCUUUGUCCUGGCCCACAUCCUACGGAGACCCAUCGUGGUGGUGGCAGACACCAUGCUCAGAGACUCCGGUGGAGAAGCGUUUGCACCCAUCCCAUUUGGAGGGAUCUACCUGCCCUUGGAGGUGCCUCCCAACAGGUGCCACUGCUCGCCCCUGGUUCUGGCCUACGAUCAAGCGCACUUCUCAGCCCUAGUGUCCAUGGAACAGAGAGACCAACAGAGAGAACAAGCUGUGAUCCCUCUGACAGAUUCGGAACACAAGCUGCUGCCCUUACACUUUGCAGUGGACCCGGGAAAGGACUGGGAGUGGGGAAAAGAUGACAACGACAAUGCCCGGCUAGCCAACCUCAUCCUGUCCCUAGAAGCCAAGCUGAACCUUCUACACAGCUACAUGAAUGUGACGUGGAUCCGCAUCCCCUCCGAGACCCGGGCUCCCCUUGCACAGCCAGAGUCUCCAACGGCCUCGGCAGGGGAGGAUGUACAGUCCCUGGCGGAAUCGCUGGACUCGGACCGCGAUUCUGUGUGCAGCAAUUCCAACAGCAAUAACGGCAAGAAUGGUAAGGACAAGGAGAAAGAGAAACAGCGCAAGGACAAGGACAAGACGCGCGCGGACUCCGUAGCCAACAAGCUAGGCAGCUUCAGCAAGACGCUGGGCAUCAAGCUGAAGAAAAACAUGGGCGGCCUAGGCGGCCUGGUGCACGGUAAGAUGGGUCGUGCCAACUCUGCCAAUGGCAAAAACGGCGACAGCGCCGAGCGCAGCAAGGAGAAAAAGUCCAAGUCGCGCAAGGGCAGCAAGGAGGAAUCGGGAGCAUCCGCUAGCACCUCGCCGUCGGAGAAGACCACGCCGUCGCCCACGGACAAGGCGGCGGGAGCGUCGCCGGCCGACAAGGGCAGCGGGUCAAGAGGCGACGCCUGGAAGUACAGCACGGACGUAAAGCUAAGCCUCAACAUCCUGCGCGCCGCCAUGCAAGGCGAGCGCAAAUUCAUCUUCGCCGGCCUGCUGCUCACUAGCCACCGGCACCAGUUCCACGAGGAGAUGAUCGGCUACUACCUGACCAGUGCGCAGGAGCGCUUCAGCGCGGAGCAAGAACAGCGGCGGCGGGACGCCGCGGCCGCUGCCGCCGCAGCCACCGCCGCCGCCACGGCCAAGCGGCCGGCGCGCAGGCCAGAGGCCGAAGGUGCGCCGGGCCCGGAACGCGCCUCGCCGGGCCCGCCAGCCGCGCCGCCCACGCAGCUGGUGCUCAAGCUCAAGGAGCGGCCGAGCCCCGGGACUGGAGCGAGCGCACGGGCGGCUCGGGCGGCGGGCGGCGCGGCGUCCCCGGGUCCGGGCGCGCGGCGCGCGACUCCCGGUACGGGCGGACAGAUUUCGGGCCGCAGCCCGCCGGCGCCCGCGCGCCAGAGCGUCAUCCACGUGCAGGCGGCGGCCCGGGACGAGGCGUGCGCGCCGGCCGUGGGCGCGCUCCGGCCGUGCGCCACGUACCCGCAGCAGAACCGCUCGCUGUGGUCGCAGAGCUACAGCCCAGCGCGCAGCGCGCUGCGCACGGUCAACACAGUGGAGUCGCUGGCGCCCGGCGGAGCAGACGCCCCGGGGCCCGCGGAGCACAAGUCGCAGACCUACAGCAACGGCUUCGGCGCAGCCCGCGACGGGCUGGAGUUCGCCGACGCCGACGCGCCGGCCGUGCGCUCGAACGCUGAGUGCGGCCGCGGAGGCCCCGGGCCCGCUCAGCGGCGCUGCCAGCGGGAGAACUGCGCGUUCUACGGGCGCGCGGAGACCGAGCACUUCUGCUCCUAUUGCUACCGAGAGGAGCUGCGGCGGCGGCGCGAGGCGCGCGCGGCGCGACCCUGAGCCGCCCAGGACUGCUUUUCCAUCCUGUGGGUCUUUUUUACUUGCUCUGGUCAGCCGAAGGGCCGGCGCCUCCUCGGUCAG